AUGAGUGCCUACCACUCUGGAAGCAAAAUUUCAAAGAUUGAGAAGGUUAAGAAAAAUGGCGGAGGAGGAGCAUUGGACAGCAAUGGCUCACCCUCUUCAACAUCAUCAUCACCUAACUCGACAGUUUCCUUGGAAAUCGAGAGGCCAUUGUCUGACACACAUUCUACGGGCGAUGAUCAUCCCAUGCUCCACGAGGCGCCCUCCUUGUUCCUCCCACAUGGCGAGGAGGGCGACUCUCCGCCUAUGGAAACGUUCGACGAUGCCAGACAUAUGUUCUGCGUAGAAACGGUCAAGUUGUGGUCCAUUGCAGCCCCCAUCGCCUUCAACAUCCUCUGUAACUAUGGCAUCAAUUCAUUCACAAGCAUCUUCGUCGGCCAUAUUGGAGAUCUUGAGCUCUCCGGGGUUGCCAUCUCUCUCUCUGUCAUUGCAAACUUAUCCUUUGGAUUCUUGCUUGGCAUGGCUAGUGCAUUGGAGACGUUGUGUGGGCAGGCAUAUGGAGCCGGAGAAAUAGAAAUGCUCGGAGUUUACAUGCAACGGUCAUGUCUAAUUCUCACGGGAGGCUGUGUUUGUUUGUUGCCGAUUUACAUCUAUUCGAAACAGCUGCUGAAGCUACUAGGGCAAAGGCAUGAUAUUGCUGAAAUAGCAGGAACAUUUUCCAUGUAUAUAAUACCUCAGAUGUUUUCUCUGGCUGUGAACUUCACCACUCAGAAAUUCUUACAAGCUCAAAGCAAGGUAGCUGUGCUAGCUUGGGUGGGGAUCUUCGCCUUGAUGACGCACAUUGGUUUGCUAUUCUUGUUCGUCAGAGUGUUGAAAUGGGGGUUAGUUGGUGCUGCUGCGGCCUAUGAUAUAUCUGCUUGGGGAAUAGCCCUGGCUCAGGUGGUCUACGUCGUGGGGUGGUGUGGCGACACAUGGCAUGGUUUUUCCUGGAUGGCCUUCAGAGGCCUUUGGAAUUUUCUGAAACUGUCUGUCUCUUCUGCUCUCAUGCUUUGCUUGGAGAUUUGGUACUUCAUGAGCAUAAUCGUCCUCACAGGGCAUCUCGAGGAUCCAGUGCUGGCCGUGGGAUCCCUUUCCAUUUGCAUGAAUCUUAAUGGAUGGGAAGGCAUGCUAUUCAUUGGAGUGAAUGCAGCAAUAAGCAUUCGUGUGUCGAAUGAGCUUGGAUCGGGACACCCUCGGGCUGCAAAGUUCUCGGUGUAUGUGACCAUAUUGGAAUCAAUGGUGAUAGGGCUGUGCUGCAUGGUGCUCAUAAUAGGGACCAAGGAUGAUUUCGCGUCCCUUUUCACCAACAGCAAGCCGAUGCAGAAAGCAGUGGGAGAUUUGGCGUAUCUCCUUGCUGUGACCAUGAUGCUCAACAGCAUCCAGCCAGUCAUAUCAGGAGUAGCCAUUGGAGGAGGAUGGCAAGGUCUGGUUGCUUUCAUUAAUCUCACUUGUUAUUACGUCAUAGGUCUACCUGCUGGAUUUCUUCUUGGUUACAAAACAUAUUUAGGUGUUCAGGGAAUAUGGAUGGGGAUGAUAUUUGGGACAUGUCUACAAACCCUAAUACUACUGAUGAUUGUGUGGAGAACAAACUGGGAUGAAGAGGUGGCUCAAGCAUCAGAGAGAAUGCGCAGAUGGAGUGGAAAUGCAUAGUUCUAUCUCUUCUGCCCACUUUUUCGG